UUAUGAGGUGGGGUCCUCAAGUUACAGCAUUCCAACUUGGGUGAGCUGUCCCAAACAGCUGCUGAAGUUUACAGAAGAGCAGCUUUCAUCAGUUGCUGAUAAUAUUUUUGAGGUGGUGGAGCAUGGAGGUGUUCACAGUGUGUGUGGCGUUUUUAUCCUUGUUUGUGUCAGUGAUCAGCGCUUUCUCUCAAUCUCUGGACAGUGACUUUACUUUCAUUCUACCAGCCGGACGCAAAGAGUGCUUCUUCCAGAGUAUGAAGAAAGACGCUUCACUAGAGAUCGAGUAUCAGGUUCUAGAUGGUGCGGGUCUUGAUGUGGACUUCUACAUGCAUUCACCUAGCGGUCACAUUCUGGCCUUUGACCACAGAAAGUCAGAUGGGGUUCACACAGUGGAAACAGAGGAUGGAGACUACAUGUUCUGUUUCGAUAACACGUUCAGUGCUGUUUCUGAGAAAAUGAUCUUCUUUGAGCUGAUUUUGGACAAUGUGGAUGAAGGAGAGAAAUCAGAGGACUGGAAGGCAUAUGUGCAGGGACCAGAUCUUCUGGACAUGAAACUAGAGGACAUCAUGGACACCAUCAACAGUGUGAAAGCUCGUUUAGGCAAGAGUCUCCAGAUCCAGACAGUACUGAAAGCCUUUGAGGCACGUGACCGCAACCUACAAGAAAGCAACUAUGAACGGGUCAACAUGUGGUCAUGUACAAACCUUGUCAUCAUGGUGAUCGUAUCCGGGGUACAGGUCUACUUGCUGCGCAGCCUCUUUGACGACAAGAGGAAAAUACACACGUAGCCUCCCCCACUGCAAGACUAAAAAAAACACUCUUUUUCGUUCAAACUCUCUUAAUAUUCAGCUCCACCUUCAGUUCUUCCCAAGUGGCCUUGAGCUGCCCUACUUCCCACUUGUUUUUUUUAUCUGUCUUGCCUUAUGAUGAACACAAUCGUUUUCUACUCUUCUCGAGUCAGGGACUUUCUGGUGCCGAUAAAAUAAGAGAUUGAAGUUGAUCUCUAAGCUGCUAUUUGUAAGAGAGAUCUAACCAGGAACAUGACCUCCUGGAUGCUUUUAAUUUUAAAUAUAUAUGAUUGGACUAUCAGAGAACUAAUAAAAUUGUGUUUUUGGCUAACGCUUUACAAUAAGGUUGCAUAUGUUAACUUGUACAGCAUUUAUUAAUAUUGGUUUAUGUUCUUUUCUACAGAUACAUUCUUAACAUUUAAUGAUGUAUACGUUAACAGUGAUGCAUUAUGAACUAACAUUGAACAAUAGUAUAUAAAUGUACAAUAGCAAAAAUUAUUAAAUGCUUUGAAAAAAAGUGUUGUUCAUUGUUAUUUUGAUAUUUAAUGCAUUAACUAAUAUUAAAGGGAUAGUUCACCCAAAAAUUUUAAUUCUCUCAUUUGGUCACUCUCAUGCCAUCCCAGAUGUGUAUGAAUAACUUUCUUCUGCUAAACACCAAUAAUAUUUCAGCUCUGUAGGUCCAUACAAUGCAAGUGAAUGGUGACCAGAACUUUGAAGGUCCAAAAUGCACAAAGGCAGCAUAAAAGUAAUCCAUAUGACUCCAGUGGUUUAAUCCUUGUUUUCAGAAGUUAUGUGAUAAGUGUGGCUGAGAAACAGAUUACUAUUUGAGUCAUUUUGUUUCUAUAAAUCUCCACUUUCACUUUCUUUUUUGUUUUUUGGUGAUUCACAUUCUUCGUGCAUAUCGAAACCAACUGGGAAGGGAGGAGGAUUUAUAGUUAAAAAAUAAAUAAAAAAAGACAUUGAUCUGUUUCUCACCCACACUUAUCAUAUAGUUUCUGAUGACAUGGAUUUAACCUCUGGAGUUGAAUGGAUUACAUUUAUGCUGCCUUUUAUGCGCUUUUUGGAGCUUCAAAGUUUUGAUCAACAUUCACUUUCAUUGUACAGACACAGUGCUGAAAUAUUCUUCUAAAAAUCUUUGUUUGUGUUCAACAGAAGAAAGUCAUACACAUCUGAGAUGACCUGAGGGUGAGUAAAUAAUGAGAAGAUUUAAAUUUUUGGGUGAACUAUCCCAUUAAAACAUAGAACCUUACUGUAAAGUAUUACCUUUUUUGUAUAACACCAUGUUUUAUAGUUUAAAACCCGUAUUGACACUUCACUGUAUAGAGUUACUGAAAUCUUGGCAUUGAGAAGCAGCAUGUUUAGUAUUUUUGUAAAGAACUUAGCCAAAUAUUUUGAAAUUACACAGAUGUGAAGCCUUUGUGAGAAGUUUUGAAUGCAUUUUUGUAUUGUUAACCACACCCUGUGCCAAAUUUUUGUUUGAUUUACCUGAAUGCUACUGAUAAAAAUAAGGCACGCCACACCCUACACACCCAAAAUGCUAUGACCUUUUUCUUAUUUAUUUUUCUUUAAUACGAACACGUACUAUGCCAACUUAACACGCCCAUUCUUAGAAGCCCCGGUCAGUGCCAAACUCUCUCACAGAUGCAAGAGUUACUGGUAAGCAAAGCCGAGUUUGGCCCAGGCAGAAUGUGUAGUAAGAAAAAGUCCUCCAAGCUCUUUAAAUCACUGGAGGCUUUAGCAACAGAAUACAUGACCUGGUAUUGACAGUAGCAGCAGCUCAACCCUUAACUGACAGUGGGGUCUUCUUACAGUUGCCUGGCAGGGGGUUAGCCUGCUAGACAAAUGCAUUGGCUUCAGUGUGGUGUUAAAGUUUAUUCUGAGACUGGAUUCCUCUGAUAAAUAUGCACUGGCAUGCUGUGAAUUUGAUUGAAAUGUUUUCAGUGCCUAUUGUCUUGUUAUUGCAGAAACAUUUGGAUGAACUAUGCAGUUUGAGAUUAGGGAGCAAUCUUUUGCUGCAUUUUUCUCUGUAUGGUGACGGUCAGGCUAUUUCUGUGUUGUUACUAUGACAACAGUCUUCCUCUAAGAGCCAUUAGGCCUUUGGGGUGCUGUACACCCUGAAACAAUAAAUAUGAAGUUGUCUUUUGAUCAAGUCACCCACAUUUGUGAUUUCAAUUUGAUUUUGUGUUAGUAUUGGCACUGUUUUUGAUUCUUAGUCCUAAAGGGCUGGUUCAAGUCAGAUUUUUAUCAUGUGAUUUUAACUGCUGGCUAAAUGGAAUGCCAUCUUUUAACAUAUGAAUUUGAUUUGUAAUCUGGAGCAAAAUUUACAUUA